AGGGAACCGCAAUUGCGGGAGAGCAGAUGACGUUAUCCAUCUGAGAGGCCAGGUUUAGGAUGGAUAGCGCCGAAAUUAGAGAUUGCAACUUUCCGAAUGCAGCCGAGCAUGGCCUCACUCUCGAGUGACUGGAGGGCUACUCCCCCGGCGACAUCAGCAGCACCAGUGGCUGAGUGUGCCAUCCGCUCCCCUUGGGCCCCACAGGCCUGUCCGGACCGGAUUAGUGCAUAUUCCCUUCUCUGCUUCUUCUUCUUCUUCCGCCCCCUCCUCUGGCCCGGUCACGAGAGAGAGAGAGAGAGAGAGAGAGAGAGGCGUGCAGGUGGUGGAAUCCGGGCUUCAAACUUAGGUGGUGGACUCCGGAGGUGGACAGUGGGGACUCGCGAGUUCGUUCAGUCCCCGAGCCAUGAUGCGGGGAGACGCCCUGUGGUGGCACUAGUGUCAGUCGUAGGGGGAGCACGAGUCUAUGUCCGUGAAAGUUUCCGUGUCUGCUGAGGCCUCAGGAAAGUGGCUCGAAAAGGUUUAAGGAGGGGACAACUAAGUCGUUCGCUCUGUUUUUGGACAACGGAGGAUAAGAGGCGGUGGUGCCAAUCGCCUCUUGUGGAUUUGUAGUAAGUAGAUUGCAGAUUGGGAGGCGGAUUGACGUGUGUGUUUGCCGGGACCAGUCGGCCGGAUUGCAUCAGAAGAAGAAGUCUGUGCACGAGGAAGAGCUUAAUUGCCAAAGGCAGUUGAUUUACAGAUUGAUAGACUGAGCGACCCAAAGAUGGCGUCGAUGAUGGUGCACGCGUUACCGUUCUCUCCUCUGGCCGCAAAGAGUGGUGUCAUUUCGAGGAGGUCUAUUGCCCCACCUUCAUGUGCGCGUUUGACUACAGGCUCUGCACUAUGUUUGAAACAGAAGACACCAAAGAUGUCAGCUAUCCAAAGUACUCAGUUCUUAUCUGGGGAAGGAAUCAAUUUUUUGAAGCUAGGGGUCACACGCUCCAGGUAUCACCAAAGGAGUGCCUCUCAAUUAGGAGUCAGAUGUCAGGUGGCAGGUGCAGCUGUACCUGAUGAAUCAUCCUCAAGGAUUCACGACUACUUGCCAAACUUCACUGAUAAAAGUCUACCUUUGAAACUUCGGGCUCUUUGCUUCUACUUGUGGACGUAUGUCCUAGCUGUACCUCUAUUUGCCGUCAUGGCUGUACUGCAGCCAUUCGUACUCCUUUUCGACAAACAACGGCGGACAGCUCAUCAUUUUGUCAAUAGAAUAUGGGCCACCUUGACAACUUCACUGUUUUACAAGGUUGAAAUAGAGGGCUUGGAAAACCUUCCAGGACCUAACGAAGCUGCAGUGUAUGUUGCCAACCAUCAAAGUUUUUUGGAUAUCUACACCCUUUUUAUGCUCGGAAGAUCAUUCAAGUUCAUCAGCAAAACAAGCAACUUUCUGAUUCCUAUCAUAGGCUGGUCGAUGUAUCUUACUGGCCAUGUUCCACUCAGACGGAUGGACAAACGUAGUCAGCUGGAAUGUUUAAAGAAGUGUCUCGAUCUUGUAAAGAAUGGAGUCCCUGUUCUUUUUUUCCCUGAAGGAACCCGUAGUUCUGAUGGGAAAAUGGCUGCAUUCAAGAAAGGUGCAUUCUCAAUUGCAAGUAAGGGGAAGGUUCCGGUGGUUCCAAUUAGUUUAAUAGGCACAGGAAGGCUGAUGCCAAACGGUUUAGAAGACACGUUGAGACCCGGAAAAGUGAAGAUCGUUGUGCACCCACCGAUACGAGGGAAUAACCCGGAUGAGUUAUGUCAAAAAGCAAGGGACGUCAUUGCAGAGACACUCUUGAAGCAUGGGAUGCCUGUGCAUUCCUGAGGUUAAAGGUGCAGCUGAGGGUGCCAAAGGAUCUAAAUUUGAAGCCGGCCUCUACUUUAUGUCAGGAAAAGCUUUUACGAUACAAGUGGGAAGGUUUCGACCGGCAUCCUGGAAACAUCGAACGCAUGCGGAAUAAGUAGACGAGGUAGAUUCCGAACGAUCAACUGUAGAUCUGGCUAUAUCUUACGUGUCAGAGUCUCAUGACUACUUGGAAAGGAUUCGACAGAACAGGAGUCAAGAGUGCAAUUUCCUGAUAUUGCUAAGCUUUGGCUCAUAUUUGGAAGAAUGAAUCAGAGUGAUUCAAUUGGGAGCCUUUGCAUGCAAGGAACAGGAAAAACCCAUGUUCCAGAGAGGGUAUUGGUUGUUCAACUUGAAGUCAUGGUCAUGUCAGAAAACAGGUACUCAUCAAGUAUUUCAGACCUCACUUGUCGGACAGGCAUAGUUAUAACACAUACAAAGAAUGCAGGACUUCAGAAGGAUUCUGAGAUAUUUGUUGUUGAUGUUGGGAUUGGCUAUGCAGAAAAGAUCUGCCCAGUACAAAAUCUGCGAAGGAAGUUCGUCACGAGGAAAUCCUCAUCUCAUGCCAUUUGUCAACCCUUUAGUUCUCAGCGCCUUAUCUCCUUCAGUAGACAUGAGAAUGUGCAGAUCCUGCCGGUCUUUGUCGAAUUUAUUGUAGUAAAAUUCAUUUAGAAUUUAUAGAUCUGUGUAGUGAAAUCUGUUAGCAGAGUUAGAAUCAUGUACAGGCGUAACACGUUUUAUUAUAUUAUAUCCAAGUUAUCAUCAAAGUUUGAGAAGUUUCCUGCUUUGUUUGUCACAUGAGCGAAAGUAGGAUUUAGUCUAGUUCAGAACUCUAGUACAGUUCGUUUUGUUGUGUAAGAAUUUAUCUCAACUUUUUGUAGGGGGCGAGAACAUCUAGGUGCAAUGAUGUGCAUCCAGAAGUUCUUCAGAGAUUUGGGGCAAUUUUGAAGAGAAGAACACUUGAUAACUUGUGUGAACGUAUUCUAGACUUUAUGUGCUAGAAGCAAUCAAUUAUGACUGUACCCUG